GCAACUCUUUUCGCAGACACAGCAACAAAGUGGAAAAAAUAUAAAAAAAUUAAAAAUAAUCAAGAAAAAUUAUUAAAAAUAUUUAGUAAAUAAUUAUUUAAACAAAUAAAAGUGUUGAAAGUAAAGUUUAAACUUAAAAUAAUGGCUUUGUUGUUAUAAAGUCUAGCAGAGAGCAAGAAAGCGAAAAAAACGUAAAUAAUAGAAAUGAGCAGACAAUAAGUUUUUUUUCUUGCUUUUUACUAAAUUUUUAUCAACAAUUUAACAAUAGAAAAGAAGAACAAAAAUUUAUCUAUUUUUUUGGGCAGUAGUCUACUUUUUUAUGCAGCCAGCAGCGAACAACAAUAAAAACAACGUUUCUAACUAACUACCGGAUAUAAAAAUUAAUUAUUUAUGCUGAUCACAUUUGCCAGAGUCAAGUUUAUUUGCUAACUUUUUGGUGCAGCCGAGGGUUUUGUGUGUGUUUGUCUGCCGGAGCAGGGUGUUGCAGCUGAACAACAACAACUUUUGUUAUUAAACUGUUACAUUAUUGUUAGAAAAAAAUUAACCCAAAUAAUGUCUGCCACAAUGUCCGAUCAACGUAAACGUAAUACCUUUACCAGUUACGUUGCCCCGCCGGCCGGAGAUGUUUCCUCUUUGAUGGGUGAUGAUGAAUGGUGUAUACCCAGUGAUAUGCGUGAUGUACACAUGUCUCAGCCUCGUUUACUGGCCCAUGAAUUGGUAGUGGCCUCGGCUCCUGCUUAUUUAUACACUACCAUAUCCCCGGUGGAUACUAAUUUAGAAAUGAAUUGUGCUAGAAACUCUAAGGAAGCGGUAUUUGGUUUAUUAAGUGUUACCAACUUUAAAUUAUCAUUUGUGCCUCAUCAACGUGAUGCUGCUACAGUUAGCCUCAGCAAUUUGGGCCAAGAACAUUUGCUGUUGGCCAGACAUGAUAUUACCCUCAAUAAUAUCGAUCAUGUUUACCAGGUGGCGGAGACGGGAAGAGCUGUUAGUGCCUUGCCGGGUAAUGCUGGACGUCGGAGAAAAAAACUAGAUGCCCAGCAGAAACUAAUGAACGGCCGCAUAGCUGCUUUGCAUAUAAUUUGUAAAAAUUUUCGUUUAAUGAAAUUUGGUUUUCAAUAUUCUAAAGGUGGUCGUGAUUGGGGCAAAUUAAUAGCCUCUGCUUUGGCACGUUUUGCCUUUCCCACACGUCAUGAUUUAAGUUUUGCCUUUUGCUAUAAGGAGCCUUACUAUUCGACUUUAUCCAAAACCUCGGUCAGUAUGUAUAAUACAAAAAACGAUUGGGCUAGAGAGCUUAUAAGAUGUGGCUCUACCAACUGGCAGGUGGUUAGCUGUGAUUCUGUGCCUCUUAUACAGGCGGAACGUAUAACAGCACGCUAUACUCUACCGCCACAUUUCGUCAUACCCAAGGCUUGUGAUAUAGAAAAGUUUUUGAAUUUAUCACGAGCCUUUUGGGAUUCUCGUGCUGCUUUUUGGGUUUAUGGUUAUGGCAAUGCUUCAUUGGUACGUUUGGCUGAGUUGAAACCCUCGAAUCAACAGGAUACUACUUUGGAGAAUAUUAUGCUGGAGGUGGUGCGUUCGGCUAAUGAUGAAAAGAAGUUACAUUUGUUACAUUUAACCGAUCAUUUACCUUCGAUACAAGAUGUUCUGAAAGCCUAUCAAAAACUACGAAGGCUAUGCUGUCCAGAAACGGCCCAACAUUUUGUGUUAGAAGAUUCGAAAUUUCUCUCGUUACUCGAAAAAUCCAAUUGGUUGUUUUACUCUUCCUUAUGUCUACGUUAUGCUUGUGUGGCGGCCGAGAAACUAAGAGAAGGUGUUUCUUGUGUUCUACAAGAAUCCAAUGGCCGUGACUUAUGCUGCAUUAUUUCGUCUUUAACACAAAUAAUUCUCGAUCCUUUAUACCGUUCCAUAGAUGGUUUCCAGUCGUUGAUACAAAAAGAAUGGGUGGCUUUGGAGCAUCCUUUUCAACGGCGCUUAGGGCAUGUGCGUUUGCCUGCCGAUUCCACUGUCCUACAAGAAGAGAGUCCUGUGUUUUUGCUUUUCCUCGAUUCAGUUUGGCAAUUACUGCAACAAUUUCCCGAUGAAUUUGAAUUCUCUCAAACCUACUUAACCACUCUGUGGGAUUCUUGCUUCAUGCCCAUUUUCGAUACCUUCCAAUUCGAUACAAAUGCCGAGCGUCUUAAGGCUCUUAAGGAGAACAAAUUGGUAUUGCGCCCCGUCUGGGAUUGGUCGGAACAAUUUUUGGAAAAGGAUAAACUCUUCUUUAACAAUCCCUUCUAUCAAAAGCAAAAACAGGAAUUGCCCUGUAGACGUUCUAUAGCUAUACCGGCUGGUGCUGUUAUGCUGCCGGGUCUGGCCAAACCUGGCCUACAGCUAAAUCUUCCCCAACAUCAACGCAACACUAUGGUUCCUCAGAAUUUCAUAGCCAAAUCUUCUAUACCCAAAGAUAGAUAUUUACUACCCGAACAUCGCAUGUCUUCUCUCCAAAUCUGGGAACAGUGCUAUUAUCGUUUUAUGCCCAUUCUAGAAAUCAAACGUGGUGGUUUUCCCCAAAUCGAACUACAACAUCGACUAUUACUGAGUAACAUAGGGAAAUUACAACGUUGUCUCGAACUGCAAGAGUACGACGAUUUGCCAGAUGUAUACUACGAUUUAACGAAAGAACCCAAACCUUCGGUGAGUCAAGAGAGAAGAUCCUCUCAAACUACGUCCACAGAUGGUGUAGAAUUCAUAGAAGGUGUAGAACGCCGCAGACGUUCUUCUUUGGCUGGUGGAGCUUCGGUUACAGCGGCCGAUGCUGGUGUAGCCUCUAUUCUGCCCGAAAUAUCUUCCUUCUUUCCGUUUAGCAAUAAUACGGGUGAAACGCAACAAUUACAUGAUAUUUUAUCCAGUAGUCAGGAAUUUUUAUUGGAAGGUUCCAUUAUGGAUCGUUUAUCGAUUGCCUAGCAUAAGGAUCAGGCCUUAACAUUGGCCGAGGUACAGGAAGAAGAGAACAGUGCCCUUUAGUAGUUGUGAGAACAAUAAUAAUAAUAAUAUAAACAAGGAUAAGAAAAAGAUCAUUUGUUACCUGUUUCUGGUUUAAAACUUUGGUGUAAACAAAAUAAAAACUCAAUAAAACGUUUAAAACAAAUCAACUUGUUCUUCAAAAGCCAAAAUUAUUUAAAAUAUAACUUCAAUUUCAAAGCUAUUAUAAACUAAACUACAUACUAAAGCUUAAUUAAAAAAAUAAACUAAAAUUAAAAAAAAGCUUUUAAACGUU